UAGUUUCUUUCACAAAUGACAAGGAAACACAAAAAAUAAAAUCGGUACUGAGAAUAACAAUAUUAUUAACAAACAUUAAUGAUAAAUAUUUGUCUGGUACCAGUGGUACCGUUCCUUUAUUUUUAUUACUUAGUUUAUCUCGACAAUCACAGUCCAAAGUACGCGAGUACGACAGAAUAGAUUACUUGAUUAGGCAGUUGUUUAAUGUUUGUGAUGUUUCUACUUUCUGAACAAUCAACGAAGCCUUGAAUACACAAAAGUGCUCAUUCUACUAUUCAAGUACGGGAUCGUUUUAAGUACAAAAUUUUAUCUGGACGAGCGCAUGAGCGUGAUAAAUUUGUUUGUUAUGCAAUGUCCGUGUCUCUUUGUGUGCUGAGAUUCGAACUGACAGAAAACGACACUCGACUGGCCGAAGCGCAGCAGCAAACAUUUACCAAUUGGGAUAAACGAAAAAUCAUGUCUUGCCGUGGACAGCGUAAAUCCAGAGAACUAACAGUGGAGACAUAUGGUCGUGUUGACGGCACAUCUCCCAUUGAACCAUUAAUUGAAGAAAACUCAAAAAAAUUAGAAUUUCUUAAAAAGCCAAGUGUCAAAGUAUUAAAUUCUAAAGGAUCAAAGAAAAGAAAUAAAAAUAAACGAAUUCAUAGUGAAAAUAUAUCGAAUGCUGCAGAACAGAUCAAUUUCAUUUCAGGAAAUCCAUUUGUUGAAGUUACCAAAGGUGUCCUGCAUGUUUAUAAAGAAAACAAAUUAACGCCAGUUGACAAUGCAAGUAAUCGUAGUCAAAUGAUUUGUAUUUUGUCUGUUCCUUCAAACAUGAAUUGCCACGACUUACUUACUUUCAUAGCUGCUUGCCAAGAGAACAUUCAUCAUAUACGAAUAAUUCGGGAUGCUGCAUCUCUUAAUCAAUACAUGACCCUUAUUUCAUUCAGAAGCCAAGAAGCGACAAUGGAUUUCUUUCAUUCGUUCAAUGGUAUGCCUUUCAAUUCAUUGGAACCAGAUUGCUGUUGCAAUUUGGUUUUUGUAUCCAAAGUAGAAGUGAUAAAAGAAGAUGCACCGGGAUCUAGUGCUCCUCCAUCUCAACAUACUGAACUUCCUGUGUGUGCUGUUUGUUUAGAGCGGAUGGAUGAAUCAGUAGAUGGUAUUUUAACUAUACUCUGUAACCAUUCAUUUCAUGGAAAUUGUUUGACAAAAUGGGGUGAUACCAGUUGUCCAGUAUGUAGAUACGUUCAAACACCUGAAACAAUUCCAGAUAACCAUUGUCAAGAAUGUCAUUCUUCUGAGUCAUUGUGGAUAUGUUUGAUUUGUGGUUAUGUCGGAUGUGGUCGUUAUGUUCAAGGCCACGCUUAUAAUCAUUAUUUAGAAACAUCGCACUGUUAUUCUAUGAACUUGGGAAAUAAUCGUGUAUGGGAUUAUGUUGGUGAUAAUUUUGUUCAUCGUUUGGUCCAAAACAAAGGAGAUGGGAAAUUAGUAGAAGGAAGAUCUCCAGGAAAACUCGAUGAUACAGAUCAAAAAAUUGAAUCCGUACAACUUGAAUUCACAUAUCUUUUAACCACUCAAUUAGAAUCGCAAAGAAAAUAUUUUGAAAGCCAAAUGAAACUAUUUGAAGAAAAUACACUUAUUGAAAUAAAUAAUGUGAAAGCUGAGGCUAAAGCUGCUCUUGAAGACAAUGAAAAAUUACAGAAAGUGGUCAGCAGUUCUUCUAAGGACAGUAGCAUACUAGAACAGAAAAUUGAAGAAAACAAAAAGCUAUUAGAACGUGUUAACAUAAUCACAAAAGAAAAAAAUGUUUUGGAAAAAAAGGUUCAUAAUUUAUCAAUCAAACUAGACCAAACUAAAACCAAGUUAGACGAAGAAUGUCAAAUUAACUCAGCAUUACAGACAAAUCAAAAUGAAUGGCAUAUUAAAUUUUCAAACUUGGAAAAAGAUUUUAGCAGUUACAAGGCUACUAAAGAUCAAGAAAUUAGUGAAUUGAAAGAGCAAGUUCGUGAUCUCAUGUUUUUCUUAGAAGCUCAGAAUACAAUUGACAAAAGUGUAGACCGGGAAGACAUUGUAAACGGUUCUGUGAUAGUGGAGCAGGAAAGUUCAUCGGGUCAAAACAAGACUCCAAAAAACAAAAAAAAAUAGAUAAAAAAAAAAAUAAUUAAGAUUUUUAUAUUUAUUCAUAUUAUUCAAAAUUAUGUCUGUAUAAUAUUUUUUGUUCACUGUUUGGAGGAAUUAUAAAAUUUUGUUAAUCAAAUAGGCAACAUAGUAUGGCAAUUCUUAUUUCCAAUAUGUGGUUUUGGCAUUAUUUAUUUUUUAUUUUUUUUUAACGUUUAUUUAAAUAUACACAAUCUGUAAAUGUUGUUUUACAAUAAGUGCAUGUGAUGGAGGUGAUAUGGCUUUUGAGAGGCUGGAAAUAAGAAACCGCCCAUUGGAGGCACUUAAGGUUAGGAUUUUAGGCUAGGAUUUUAGUUUGCUAGUAGGAAUUGGCAUUAUUUAAUAUGUAAUUUGUGGAGAUAACAUAUUAUCAUGCACUAUUUUUAUUUUUUAAUACAGCAGCUAAAAUUUCAAGCAUAAUAACAGCAUGUGCAAUGUGCAUGUUGUUUGCCGCAAAUAGAACUUAAGCGAUAAGUCCUAUAAAAAUAUAAAAUGUAUAUAAUACAUUAUAAUUAAGUAAGAUUAUUCAAGUGCUAAUAUAAUAUGUAUUAUAAUUUGUUAUAUAAUUUUCUAUUGCACUUCAUUAUAGUCUGUGAGUGCCACUUUACAUGCAUAUAUCUUUCAGAUUACCUAUGAGUUAUGACUAUUAAAACAAUUUUCUUGUAAUUUGAACUUUAAU